AUGUCUACACCCGAACCAGUUGGUGACUUUGGCUUGAUUGGCCUUGCGGUCAUGGGCCAAAACCUCAUCCUCAACGCCGCUGACCAUGGAUUCACCGUGGUUGCUUUCAACCGAACAGUCGCCAAGGUGGACCGUUUCCUAGCAGACGAGGCCAAGGGCAAGAGCAUUGUCGGCGCACACAGCAUCAAGGAGUUUGUCUCCAAGCUCAAGAAGCCACGUCGUAUGAUGCUUCUCGUCAUGGCCGGCAAACCCGUCGACGACUUCAUUGAGAUGCUCAUCACCGAGGGCGGUGUUGAGACCGGCGACAUCAUCAUCGACGGUGGAAACUCACAUUACCCAGACACCAACCGCCGCACCAAGUACCUGGCAGAGAAGGGUAUCCGAUUCGUUGGAAGCGGUGUUUCUGGUGGUGAGGAGGGUGCCCGCUACGGCCCAUCCAUCAUGCCUGGUGGUAACGAGGAGGCUUGGCCAUACAUCAAGGAUGUUCUUCAGAGCAUCUCCGCCAAGUCGGACGGCGAGCCAUGCUGUCAGUGGGUUGGUGAUGAGGGUGCCGGCCACUACGUCAAGAUGGUGCACAACGGUAUCGAGUACGGUGACAUGCAGCUGAUUUGCGAGGCAUACGACAUCAUGAAGCGCGGUCUGGGUCUUUCCGGCAAGGAGAUGGGUGAUGUUUUCGCUGAGUGGAACAAGGGAGUCCUCGAUUCGUUCCUCAUUGAGAUCACUCGCGACAUCUUGUAUUACAACGAUGAUGACGACACUCCUCUCGUUGAGAAGAUUCUCGACUCGGCGGGUCAGAAGGGUACCGGCAAGUGGACCGCCAUCAACGCUCUUGACAUGGGCCAGCCCGUGACUCUCAUCGGCGAGGCCGUCUUUGCGAGAUGCCUGUCUUCCCUCAAGGGAGAGCGUACUCGUGCCAGCGAGAAGCUCUCCGGCCCAACACCAAACUUCACCGGUGACAAGAAGGAGUUCCUUGCCAACCUCGAGCAGGCCCUUUACGCAUCGAAGAUCAUCUCCUACGCACAAGGCUUCAUGCUCAUGCAGAGUGCCGCCAAGGAGUACGGCUGGAAGCUUCAGAAGCCAGAGAUCGCCCUCAUGUGGCGUGGAGGCUGCAUCAUCCGCUCCGUCUUCUUGAAGGACAUCACCAAGGCAUACCGCUCCAACCCCGACCUCGAGAACUUGCUSUUCGACGACUUCUUCAACAAGGCCAUUCACGCCGCACAGCCCGGAUGGCGUGACGUUGUCUCGAAGGGUGCUCUCUGGGGUAUCCCCACUCCAGCCUUCUCCACCGCUCUCUCCUUCUUCGACGGUUUCCGCACCAAGGAUCUCCCCGCCAACCUUCUCCAGGCCCAGCGUGAUUACUUUGGUGCUCACACCUUCCGCGUCAAGCCCGAGCACGCCAACGAGAAGUAUCCCGAGGGCAAGGACAUUCACGUCAACUGGACCGGCCGUGGUGGAAACAUUUCCGCUUCUACAUACACUGCUUAG